GCACUUCUGUAUAAGGAAGGAAAGUAUCUCAGGCCAAUAAAACGUAGGUAACCUAUCUGUCAACACUGACAUAACCUCAUAUUUCAUGAAAUAUUUCAAUAUUGAUAACUAGCUUCUCUUUUAAACGUUAAACCCAUAUUUUUGGCUUCCACAAUGGAUGAUAUUCCCGAAGAGGUGUCAGAAAGUAAUCCAAAACGAAUUAAAACUUCUGAAGAUCAUGAAGCACCUACACCCAGUCAUUGUAAGCACUUUGUUAAAAGAAAAAAACGGUAUUGUAAAAUGACCGUGAAAUUUGGAGAAGAGUAUUGUGGUGAACAUCAAGAAAUUUCUCCAGAACUCUCUAGUAAUGAAAAUAAAGACAAGAACCAAGUCAGAAUUCCUUGUCCCUUGGAUAAUAAACACACUUGCUAUGCUCGAAACUUGAAAAAGCACCUGAAAAUUUGCAACGCAAGACCUAAAAAAGAAGAGCCAUUCAUAAAUCGAGGAAUAAAUUCUGGUGUGGAACCAGAAGACACAGAAGAUGUCCACAAACUUCUGUCGAGUUAUCCAACCGAACAGAUACAGAAGGUUAUAGCCAAAGUAAACGAGGUGUACGAGAAGACGAUUCAGAAACGGUUGAAUGAAAAAAUUUCCAACCACGAAGUAGUCGAAGAAGAAAUGGCAAAACCAGAGCAUGGAGAUAAGUCAAAGAAGCAUUUGACGCAGGUGUCUUCGAUAUUGGGGCUUUUGGACGAAUACGAUUUGAUGAAACCUAAAACGUGUUUUAUUGAAUUCGGCGCUGGUAGAGGCCAGCUGAGUUAUUGGAUAGCCAAGGCGUGUGCCUCUGACAAAGAAUCUUCCAUCCUUCUAGUUGAAAAGGCGUCACCAAAACAUAAAAAAGACAAUAAACUUGGUGAAUCUGCAGAGAAGGUGUGCAGAAUUCGUGCGGAUAUAUCUGAUCUUGUAUUAGACAAAUUAGAUAUAAUAACCAAAACCUCCAAUAUCGUGGGUGUCACCAAACAUUUGUGUGGACAAGCGACAGAUCUAGCAUUGAGGUGUAUGGCUAAUGCCGAGGAAAACCGUGAAAAAGUUGGUGGAUGCGUAAUGACGUUUUGUUGCCAUCACAGAUGCCGAUGGAUUCCUUAUACAGGAAAAGAAUUCUUCAAGCAAAACGACCUCAGCAGUGACGACUUUUAUAUCGUAUGCGGAAUGUCUAGCUGGGCAACAUGCGGCAGUGGUCUAAGUAGGGAAAAACGAAAAGAGGACCUCUUAAUACAGGACAAAGCGAACGAAAGAGACUUAGCUAUUGGGCUCUCCAAGUCGGAGAAGGAAGAGGUUGGUAGGAGGAGCAAGAGUGUCAUCAACUGGGGACGACUGACUUUUUUGGAGAACCGCGGCUUCCGCUGUCAUUUGCAUUACUACGUGGAUAAAAGCAUAACACCGGAAAAUGCCUGUAUUGUCGCUGUUAAGUAAUAUAAACCCGUUAAAACGAAUAAA